AUGAGCUGUUUUGGGUACCGCAGAGAGUUGAGUAAGUAUGAAGAUCUUGAUGAGGACGAGCUUUUGGCUUCCCUCACCCCCGAAGAGUUGGCUGAGUUGGAAAAGGAGCUGGUGGAUAUUGAUCCUGACGCCAACGUGCCCAUAGGACUCAGACAGAGAGACCAGACGGAUAAGACCCCAACGGGCACCUUCAGCAAAGAGUCGCUGAUGAAGUAUUGGGAAAAUGAGACACGCAGACUGAUGGAGGACGAGAUUUGUGGAGGAAGCCCCAAACCGGAUGAAGAACAAGAGGAGUGUGUGACAGAAGAAAACAGUAGAACAGAGGAUGAAAAAGAUGUUAAAAAUGAGAAAGAACCGAGAAAGCAUGAAGCGCUAAAGAAGGAAGAAGAGGAAGAGGAGAAGGAAGAAGAGGAGAGUGAGGAAGAAGUGGAAGCUCUAACAGAGGAGGAGGAAAAUGAUGAGGAGGAUGAUGACGAUGAUGAUGAUGAUGGUGAGGAGGAGGAGGAGGAGGAGGAGGAGGAGGAGGAUGAACAAGAUAAUAAAUUAAAACCUGAGCCCUCAAAGGAGACUGAGGCACAGUCACGGGCCGACACCCCGAUGCUACUGAAGCCGCAGAGGGUGGAGCCUAUGAGACUGACUCCUCCCCCUCCACCUGCCGACCCGAAUGCGAUGGGAAACCCAACCGUUGUUGAUGAAGCUCUCCAACGAGCUCUUGGCAACGACCCUGAGCUCACGGAGGUUAAUCUGAACAACAUUGACGAUAUCUCACAGGAAACUCUAAUUCGAUUUGCUGAAGCACUGAGGUCCAACACAUACGUAAGGGUCUUUAGCGUCGCGAACACCCGAGCCGACGACUCCGUGGCGCUGGCCAUUGGUAAGAUGCUGAGGGAAAACUCUUCCAUCACCAGUCUGAAUAUAGAGUCCAACUAUGUGAGUGGAAAGGGCGUGAUGGCGAUGGUUCAAGCACUUCCUGAAAACAACACCCUGACUGAGCUUCGGUUCCACAAUCAGAGACACAUGUGUGGAGCACAGGUAGAGAUGGAGAUGGUGAAGAUACUGAGGGAAAACCACACCUUGAUCAAGUUGGGCUACCAGUUCAACCUGCCUGGUCCCCGGAUGAGCAUGACGGGGAUCCUCACCAGGAACCAGGACCGUCAGAGACAGAAACGGUUACAAGAGCAGAGACAGCUGCAACAGGGCCAACAGGGGGCAGCAGAGGGAGCUCUUAACCCCAGAACCACUGCACUGAAAGGAACUCCUCGUUCAUCACCUUACAGCUCACCCAGAGCCUCUCCUUGGUCCUCACCCAAACUCCCCAGGAGUGACCUGGCUAAAAAACAGACGCCACCUGCUCCACCUCCUCCUCCGCCUCCACCUCCUCCUCCUCCCCCACCGCCUCCCCCACCGCGGGAGAAGAAGAAGCCCACCAGGAUGAUUGCGGAGGUCAUCAAGGCGCACGAGGCCGGCAGCAAGAAGGUGAGAAAGACAAAAGUUAAAAAGGGCAAGAAGGGGAAGGAGACGGGGAAGGAGACUGGGAAGGAGACAGGGAAAGAAGAGACGACUAGCAUCCUGAGGGAGCUCAAGAACGCGCUGAGGCCCAUGUCGGUGGAGAGGAGAGGGGAGGAGGGCAGCCGGCCGUCCACGCCAGUGAGGUCAGCACACGGCCAGCUGAUGGAGUCCAUUCGCAACAGCAACAACCGCUGCCUGAAACGGGUGGAAAUCCCACAUCACCUACUAUAA